AUGAACAUCCCUGAAUUCAAAGGACGGUCCGACCCCGAGGCCUUUCUCGAAUGGUUAUCCAAGAUCGAAAUGGUUUUUUCUUGCCAAAACUACACCGAGUUGCAAAAGGUACAGUUGGCAACCAUGGCAUUUACCGAGUACGCUGUGGUUUGGUGGGACCAAAUCAAGAAGUCUAGAAGGAGAAGUGGGCUACCUGAACUCAUUCCAUGGCCCGAGCUCCGAGCCAUGAUGCGGACCCACUUUGUACCUGGACAUUAUACUAGGGAUUUGUACCAUCGAUUACAAACCUUGGUCCAAGGCAACCGGAGCGUGGAUGAGUACCAUAAGGAGAUGGAGAUCCUGACGUUUAGAGCGGAUGUACAAGAGGAUCCCGAAGCCACCAUGGCAAGAUUCUUGAACGGAUUGAGGCCCGAUAUUGUUGAACGAGUGGAGCUUCAACAUUAUAUGGAGUUACAUGAGCUUGUAGACAAAGCUAUUAAGGUCGAGCAAAGGCUCAAGAGGAGGGGUACCACUCGAUCGAAUUUUGGCAAUACCACCUACUCUACCAACCGUCCAUUCCAACCAAGGAAUGAUUCUCGGCCUUCGCCAAAUGUUCCUACACCAAAGCCGAGAUUCGAGGGAGGUAAGGUGGGCAACCCUAGUGUUGGUAAGCCACCCUCUUCUACUCCAAAAUUUGAGGAGCCUAGGGCACAAGCUAGAGCUCGUGAUACUCGAUGCUUCAAAUGCCAAGGUAGAGGCCAUAUUGCUAGUCAAUGUCCCAAUCAAAGGACUAUGAUUAUGAUGCAAAAUGGUCAGAUCGUGAGUGAGGAUGAAACCGAGCAUGAAGGCAUGCCACCUCUUGACGGAGGUAGUGAUGGGGAAUCGCCAAAUGAAGAGGAGUUUAGUGCACCAGAGGGUCAUUUUGGGACUUCAUUGGUUGCAAGGAGAGCAUUAACUGCACGUGUUAAGGAGGACGAGCUUCAACGGGAGAACAUUUUCUACACUAGGUGCUUCGUCAACCAAGCACUUUGUAGUGUGAUUAUUGAUAGUAGGAGCUGCACAAAUGUUGCUAGUUCACUCAUGGUGGACAACUUGAAGUUGCCUACAAGGGAUCACCCGCGACCCUACAAACUCCAAUGGCUCAACAACUCCGGGGAGGUUCGAGUAACCAAGCAGGUUCUUAUAUCCUUUCAAAUCCAUAAAUAUUCUGAUGAAAUAUUAUGUGAUGUAGUUCCUAUGCAGGCUAGUCACAUUAUACUAGGUAGGCCUUGGCAGUUUGACAGACAGGUGACUUUUGAUGGUGUGACUAAUAAGUAUAGCUUCUUGUACAACAGUAAGAAAGUCACACUAGCUCCCAUUUCCCCCAAACAAGUGCAUGAGGACCAAGUGAAAUUGCAACAAGAGUUUGAGAAGUAUAAUGCAAAAAGGAAAGAAAAUGAGAGAGCCGAGGCAAAAAAGGAGAGGAAAAAGGCUAUAGAUAGCUCGGCAAGUGAGGUAAAAAUUGAGGGAAAGCAAAUGCUCCUAAUAAAAGCCAAGAAAGUGAGGAAGUUGAUGAGAGAUGAGCAGCCAUUUCUUAUGCUUAUUAGCAAAGAAGUAGCUUUGAAUGUGCAUGAACUUGAUAUUGACAUACCUCUCGAGGUUAAGUCUCUUUUACAGGAGUAUGCUGAUGUCUUCCCCGAAGAUGUUCCAAGUGGAUUGCCGCCACUUAGAGGCAUUGAGCAUCAAAUUGAUUUCAUCCCUGGGGCUUCAUUGCCGAAUCGACCAGCUUACAAGAGCAACCCGGAGGAGACUAAGGAGUUGCAAAGGCAAGUGGAUGAGUUGCUUGGCAAAGGAUGGGCACGUGAGAGCUUAAGCCCGUGUGCUGUUCCAGUCAUUCUGGUGCCCAAGAAAGAUGGUACGUGGAGAAUGUGCACCGAUUGUAGAGCCGUAAAUGCCAUCACGGUAAGUAUCGUCACCCUAUACCUCGCUUAG